UCAAACGAGCCUCGUUCUACAUGUACGUAAAAUACAUCUGGGAGUGGCGUUACUGUUAUAUUUUUAUUUCUCGAUAACUGUGAACCUGUUAUUCAGCAAUCAAGGUCAACAUCAACUCGAGAGGUUUACAGUAGGCAUCGUCUUAAAGCCGUCUGGAUAUGACCGUACUUCCUGUUGCGGAAGUGUGGAGACAGUGGAGCCACGGUCGGUUUGGAUAAAUUGUGGCAAAGUUGUGCUUAACCUCACCAGCCCAGGACGAAAGUAUUGCCAAGAUGACGCUGACUGAGCACUUUAAAGUGAUGUUUCAAGUUAUCAAAGACGUGGCUCCUGUCCCCACAUGCGGUGUUCUAACACUGGCGCUUUUAGCUUGUGUGUCGUUUGGUAUCCAAACAUAUUUCAGCUUCACUCUCGGUGCCUUCAGCGUUGGUGCCUCUGUUUUUCAAAAUGGACACCUCCACAGACUCUUGACGUACCCGUUUUACCACAGACACUUUCCCCAGCUCCUCCUGAACAUCGCAGCCCUGGCGUUCCUCAGCGGCAGUUUGGAGAAGGGGUUUGGCACUGUCCGUUUCCUGUUCCUGUUCCUCCUGCUGUCGACCACCACAGGCUUGUUUUACAGCCUCCUGGAUCUCCUGCAGGACGACAACAGUCACACUGAGGGGUUUCUUCCUGUGGCCCUGGCAUGUGUGGCUCUAACCACCAUGCACACUAAAAUGACCAAAGGGUUCCUGUGUGGAGUCAGUUUCCCCACCAUGGCUCUCCCCUGGGUGUUACUCAUAAUCACCACUGCCCUCGUCCCUCACAGUGUGCUCCCCUGUAACAUCCUUGCCGUCCUGGUUGGGUGGAUGUAUGGGAAAGGAUGGUUCUCCUUUGUGGACUUGUCUGAGGCCAGGGCUGGCCUUCUGGAGAAGAUGAUGCCCUUCAGAUUAUUGAGGCGCAUCAGCGGUGUCAUGUUUGUUCCUGCUUCCACAGAGGAGCGGAGGAAGACCCUCCUUCCACAGAUCAAUCCAACACCUGGGUCCUACCCGGUCCAGGCUUACGCUCCAACGUCCAGCAUUAACACUGCUGAUACCACGGGCAAGUCUUACGAAGGCUGGCCGAAUGCAAGCAGCGCCCUGAGCAGUCCCACGCCGCCUCGCAUGCCGCAUGGACAUGUCUCAGCACAGAGCUUUGGGCAAAGCCAUGGACACAGUUCAGGGCAGAAUUUCGGCCACAGCUGCAACCACAGCCAUAGUCAUGGUCAGCUAUAGUCAUGGUUAUUAAUUAGAUUGCUUCCCAACAUUCCAGCCAGACAGAUAAGCCUUAUUCUAUUAAUGCCAAUCUAUUCUGCACUAAUGAACACCUGUGGGCACCCGCAGUAUCUCUUGUUACUGGAUUGUGUUGUUUACAAGGUCAAAUGCUUUUAAACACUGUUAAGAUGACUUUACAGUAGGGCUCUACAGUAUUUGUAGAGCGUCUGCCUGCCUGUAUGAUUACAUGACAGUUCUCUGAAUGUCUAAUGUUAUGGGUGACUUUUGUACUUACAUUUACAAAUGUACAUCUUUUGUACCACCUCUGCUUUCUAUAAACAAAUGUGUACAAAAAAGCUAAUUUACACAAAAUAUUUUAAGAGUUGUGUGCACAUCCAGUUGCAUAUUAAAAGCAUGUUUUCAGUACAGGAAAUGGAGAACAUGCAUAAUGGAUUGAAGCUCCCACAAAACUUUAUUGUCCCCUGCAGGGUCUUCAUCAGGCAUAACACAAUGGGCAAAGUAUACCUGUACAUGGGCACAAGACUGAUUACAUCCUGUCAUGGUCAAGCAAUCAAACACACGAGUGCAAAAAAUUUAACCACAAAAACUGUAUGUACAAAGUAUCUGAAUAUAUUUAAAGACCCCCUCCAGACAUGAAUUAAGACACAUAAAACUACUCCCCGUCCGUCACUGAAAAAUCCAUUUUGAUCCAUAUUGAUACGAAAAUUGUCAUUGCAUGUUUAAACUACUGAAAAAAGAAGUCUCCUACUUCACUAACAUUCAUAAUUUGUCUUUUUCAGUUAAGUUUUGGGAGCUUUAAUCCAUUUUUUGCUUUACAAAAUUUUUACCACUGUCAUGUUGUUUUCAGUUUUUGAACCACUAAUAUAGUUACAUGCCCCAAAAACCAAUGCUGUUGAGACCAGCAGAAAACAUUAUGGUGUUAUUCAUGAAUGCCCAUGUUCUAAAAACCAGCACGAGCAAACGACCUUGCGUGCAUUCAAGCUGUGCUCCAAUAGCAGUAACAUGUAGCUUCAGUAUUAUUUUUCCUAAUUAAACUUUGUGCUGGUGAAGAUGAGAAAGGUAAAUUCAAAUCAAGAUCAAAGUGCAGAGAGAGACAGCUUUAGUCCUUGUAUCGUUUGGUUUAAUUCACUCACUUGCAAGAACAUAAUGAUCAGAAAUCUGUACAAGAGCUAAGCCCCACUGGAGCAAUAGUGCCACUCUGUUCUGCAGUGUCAGUGAUGCCAAGCACAGAUUACAUCUUUAUUACAAAUAAGCACUUAUUCCUCCCAGGUGUCUCCAUAGAUGUUUUUCACUGUAACACAGCAGAGAUAAAGAGAGAGUUAAGUCAGUCCAUUCAGGCUCAUUUAAAGACAACAAGUGUUCUUGAACCCUUGAACUGCUUCUAACACAAAGGGUUCUAUGCAUUCCUGUUGUAGCAACUCACUUUCUUUCUUGGGUCUUUUUGGUUCCUUCUCAGGUGAUGUUUUGAGCAGUGUCUCAGCCUUCUGAGUUAGCGUGACCUCGUAGUUCUCUCUGUUCUUGAGCCUCAGGUCCUCAUAGAAGAUGGCCUUCCUCCUGGGCUCCUCUUCAUCCAUGUAUGACUCAACUGCAUGAUUGAGACCAGGAGAGGGACAGAGAGGGUUAUCUAGGACAGAAAAACAACCUACUGGCAGAGUAAAAUGUAGCAGUGGUGGGACGGAAGUAUCAAAACAGGACGGAUUUGGUGAAAUGGUAAAGCAGUAGCAUGAGCUCAUUAUACAAUAUUAACCUGUAGCAACGGUGUCACAGGUGUACCAACAGCAAAAUCUGUUGUGUCGCUGACACUGAAGAGUUAUAAACCAAUAUGUGUCAGUAUUGUUCGGUAUGGGUUGAAAAAUGAAGGCAUUGGUAUCAACUUGGAAAAAACAAAUUGUGAAUUGCUGGAUCUCCAUAUUUCCUGCAUUGUUUGCCACAUGAAAGCUUUAGAACUUGUCAAUACUAGUCUUUUCACACCUAACUGACUGUUUGACUUAGACACUGAUUGUAGUAUGUAUUAGUGAAAGGUAUUGUCCAGUUGUUGGUGAGUGGUUCUCCCGCCUACACCUAUUUGUACAAACAAUGUUCAUUAUUACACUCCAUUUGGAAAACUUUAGCUCUCUGUGGUACCUGGAGCACUGAAGUCAUCUGAUUUGCCCAUUUGAACUGGUGACUCUGUCGUGUAGCUUUUCUGGCUGGGGGCUUCGGCUGGCUGGAACAUGGUUUCAAAGGACGGGGUGUCUGGGUCAUCCAGAUCUGACUGAGCACCCUUGGAACUGGGGAGAAGAACAGAAAAGCGGUCAAGGGGUAGUCGGUGGAUAAAACCUUGUCACGACGAAGUGUGUGUGGUGCUCACUAUUGUGGAAGCAGCCCUGUCCUCUGUCUGAGGGCCUCUCCAAGAGGGGAGUUCUCCAACCUCUUGAACUUCUCCUGGCACGUCUUCAUGUAUGAUAACUUCCCAACCAAGUAGCCACAGAAGCCCGCAACUGGAGAGAAAGAAAUAAUUACUGACGUAUGUGGCACAUUUUGAAUACAAACAUUUUAUACCCAUCCCAGUACUGAUUCUGUGACAACCUUAGUUCAGACAUUUGUCUAGUCUAACCUCAUAUCACAAUAUCAUAUGCUACUAUAUGCUCCCAGUUUAUUAGGUACACCUGGUUUAAACUAACGCAGCCCAACACUCCAGUUCAGCAAUAAAUUCUGCCUCGAUACAGAUCAUAAUGUUCAGUUGUUGUUGAGACUGUUUUACAGAUGUGUCCUUUCAACUUUAUGGUCUUUUUAGAGGCUGUAGUUUGCAGCGGUGUUGAAUUUUAUUGCAUUAUA